CUAAAAGAGAAUCUAAUAGAGGACGCUUAGAUGGCAAGACAAUCGCGUCACGACGAUGGUCGCAGGGGCGAUACGGGCACUGCGCUAAGGUUUGAGCUACCGCAGAUCCCGUUCAUAUUCCAAAUGUCGUCGACUACAACUGCAAAUACUUUAUCAGCGCUUACAGCUAUAUUUGCAAUUGAGGGUUACCCCAAAACUCAGUGCAGAAACCUUUAGGGAAUUUUGCCUUCCAAAUAGAAUUAACCACCUGACAGCAGCUCCUUUUCACCCAGCAUUUAAAAGACUUGCUGGGCGCUUCGUUCAAACUUUUAAAACCUCUGUCGAUAAAAACAUAAAAGGCGGUUAUUUAGUAAAAACAGCCGUUACAAAAUACCUUACUUCACAUCGUUUCACCACGAACUCAGAAGUCGCCCUGUGCGUACGAUCUUAAGUCAACUUUUGAAACUGAAAGCCAGCAUAUCGAACUUACAAAGUAUUUACCAAACCAAAAUGUAUUUGCCGAAAAUUUCGCCAGGGGAGAAAAGUGAAUAAAAGCUGUCAUCGAUCGGUUCGUAGUUUAUAGCGUAUGAUAUUUAUACAUAGAUAAUCCACAGAUUAAGCAGAGAUCUUAUAACAAUGACCUCAGUAGCAGCUCCAAAGAUGACAAAAACUCCCACAACUCCGCCAAGCCCAAGACAUAAAGAACAGGAGUCUGUAGCCCAUAACAGCGACUCCAAUCCACCCAAAGUAACAAUGAAGUACCACCACCAUUCGUUCGCGCCAAGAAGUCAACCGUUUCCAAACCAAGAUUUCAGAAAGCGUCAGAUUGAUAACGAAAUCUAGGCCUCGAUUUAUCGAUAUUUUCUGUUAUUAUGAACACUCUAAAUUUGUAAAUUAUUAUAUCAAUCAAAUACAAUUUUAAAAUUAAAAUUUUA